UACACAGAUGACGUCGCGUAGAUAGCAUCAUCAUCAACCAUGUGGCGACCAGUGUCUGGUUUGUCUUUGUGUGUAGUUGCAUUUACUUAUGUAAUUUAUUUAAUUACAAGUGCUAAUGCUAUUUCCUGUCACAUUUGCAACUCCAACGCCAACAAAACAUGCGGUAAGCAAUUGAUGGCGAACUUCAGCAUGGUGUGCGCCUCCAACGCCAUAGGCUGCAGAAAAGUCCUCACCGAGGAUCAAAUCUAUGGUUUCCUAGUUGUGAGGAGUUGCUAUAACAACACAUACACCAAUCACACAGCGCUGUUUGGACAGUUUAUCCGGGACAGCUGCACCGAGUCCUACAAUUCCGAGGAAUGCAUCUGUAAGACGGACAACUGUAAUGGCGCCACGUUCCCAUGGCAACAACCAGGAACACUUUUGACAUUGAUCGCCGCAAUUUUCUUAUCAAAGCUUAUAUAGAAGAUUGCGUAAAAUGAAUGAUUGAUAUUUUUCGUAAAAUCCAAUUAAAGCUUGUUCGAUUUUGGAAA